UCUGCAUCUUCUGCUGCACCAUUGAAUCUUCUCUUUCAAAAUCGCAAUACUACUGUAUAAGGAAAUCGAUCCGUGACCUUAAAUUUUGGUGUGAGAUCUGGUAUUUUACAUUAUGCUCCCCUUGAAGCACAGUAGAAGAUGGUCAAGAAGAGCAGAAUUGGGAUUUUGUUGUUUUCACUGAAUCCCUAAUUGUCGGCUGAUUUUUUGCUGAUCAAAUUUUGCUUUGGGGCUGAGAGUUUUGAAGAGAUAUGGCGUCGGUGAAGACGUCUCGGUCGAGGGGAUCGAUGGCCUCUGGGAAGGCCGUCAAUGGCGGCGCUUUAGAGAAUGGACCGCAGCUUGAGGAGAAGCUUAACUUAUUCAUGACUGAUAGUUUUGAUGCUGAUGCUUUUGUUCAGUCCAAAUGUCACUCUUUGAAUGAGAAGGAGAUAAGACAAUUAUGCUCGUCUCUUUUAGAUCUGAAGAAGGCUUCUGCCGAGGAAAUGCGUAGGAGUGUUUAUGCUAACUAUACAGCUUUCAUACGCACAUCAAAGGAGAUAUCCGAUCUAGAGGGCGAGCUUCUGUCUAUCAGAAAUCUUCUGUCCACUCAGGCUGCUCUAAUUCAUGGUUUAGCUGAAGGAGUUAACAUCGAUUCAUUGUCUACCGUUGUUUCUGAAGGUUCCAAAACUCAUGGUGUCUCUGCUUAUGAAGAUAAAGAACCUUCUGACAGGGAAAAAUGGUCUGCAGAAUUCCCUGAUCUCCUUGACGUUUUGUUAGCUGAGAGGAGAGUGGAUGAAGCUUUGGAUGCUCUUGAUGAAGGGGAAAGGGUAGCUGCAGAAGCAAAAGAAAAGAAAACAUUGAGUCCAGUGGUGCUUAAAUCUCUACAAACUGCUAUCACUGAACGGAAAAAAAAAUUAGCUGAUCAGCUCUCUGAAGCUGCUUGCCAACCCUCUACUCGUAGUGGUGAGCUCCGUGCUGCUGUUUCAGCUCUUAAAAGGCUUGGAGAUGGACCCCGUGCUCACAGUUUGCUACUUAAUGCCCAUUACCAAAGAUUUCAGUGUAACAUGCAAAGUCUUCGUCCUUCAAGCACCUCAUAUGGAGGAGCGUAUACUGCUGCUCUUUCUCAACAGGUUUUUUCUGCCAUUGCGCAGGCAGCUAGGGAUUCUUUGGCUGUUUUUGGUAUGGAGCCAGUAUAUGCCUCUGAGCUUGUGAUGUGGGCUACAAAACAAACAGAGGCUUUUGCAUUUCUUGUAAAGAGACAUGCAUUGGCUUCGUCAGCUGCUGCUGGAGGUUUAAGAGCUGCUGCAGAAUGUGUUCAAAUAGCCUUAGGUCAUUGUUCAUUGUUAGAAGCUCGUGGUUUAUCUCUUUGUCCCGUUCUCUUGAAACUCUUUAGGCCUAGUGUUGAGCAAGCAUUGGUUGCUAAUUUAAAACGAAUUGAAGAGAGCACUGCUGCCCUAGCUGCUGCAGAUGAUUGGGUCCUCUCAUAUCCUCCAACUGUUACACGCUACUCUGGCAGAUCUUCAACUAUGUCCGUUGGUUCUGGAAUUGCAUUCCAACAUAAACUUUCAAGCAGUGCUCAUCGAUUCAAUUCAAUGGUACAGGAUUUCUUUGAGGAUGUAGGACCGCUUCUGAGUAUGCAAUUGGGAGGUCAAACAUUGGAAGGCCUGUUCCAAGUGUUCAGCUCAUACAUCAACCUGCUUAUAAAAGCAUUACCAGGUUCGAUGGAAGAAGAAGGAAACAUGGAAGGUUCUGGAAAUAAGAUUGUUCGGAUUGCUGAAACUGAAGCACAACAGAUUGCUUUGCUGGCAAAUGCAUCGUUAUUAGCAGAUGAGCUGCUCCCACGUGCAGCCAUGAAGCUUUCCCCACUGAACCAGGUUGGUGUCAAGGAUGAUCCCCGUAAAAGGGCUUCUGACAGACAAAACCGUCAUCCUGAACAAAGAGAGUGGAAGAGGCGUCUUCAGCGGUCUGUUGAUAGAUUAAGAGAUAGUUUCUGUCGACAGCAUGCACUGGAUCUUAUUUUCACUGAAGAUGGUGAUACUCAUCUUAGUGCAGACAUGUACAUAAAUAUGGAUGGAAAUGUGGAUCCGCCAGAGUGGUUUCCAUCUCCAAUAUUUCAGGAACUUUUUUUAAAGCUCAACAUUAUGGCAAGCAUAGCAGCAGAUAUGUUUGUUGGCCGGGAAAGGUUUGCAACACUUUUGUUGAUGAGACUCACAGAGACUGUCAUCUUAUGGCUUUCAGAUGACCAAAGCUUUUGGGAUGAUAUUGAGGAAGGGCCAAGGCCUUUGGGUCCUCUUGGCCUCCAACAGUUCUAUCUUGAUAUGAAGUUUGUCAUUUACUUUUCAUCGCAAGGGCGUUACUUAUCUCGUCAUUUGAAUCAAGUUAUUAAUGAUAUCAUAUCUAGAGCCAUGUCGGCUUUUGCUACAACUGGAAUGGAUCCUAACAGUGUACUGCCCGAAGAUAAUUGGUUUAUAGACAUCUGUCAAGAAGCUGUAGAAAGGCUGACGGGAAAAUCAAAAGCUAUCAAUGGAGAUCGAGAUCCUAACAGCCCCACUGCUUCUAUCUCAGCACAAUCAGUUUCAUCUGUUAGGUCUCAUGGGAGUUCAUAGUGUGCUGUCUUCACCCUUGUAUAAUAGAGAGCAAAGCAAAACCAGUAGGAGAUUCUAAUGGGCCGCCUGGCUGUAGUGAUCAGCCAGCACGUACUCACAUACUGUCUGCUACUCCUUGGGUUUCGGUGCUCAAAUUCUUGUAUACAUGGUAAGCAUUUUAUUCUUUUUCUCCCUUUUUCAUAUUUCCAUUUUUCUCAAUGUUUUUGCAAGGAUCUUCAUUUCGUUAGAGACUGAUUUGGUUGUAAGUUGAGAAUUAUUUCUUCAGUUUUGGGGAGUGUUUAAGUUUGUAAAUAUCACUGAAGCAGUUGCUCAGUCCUGACCCCAGAUUGUACCAUUAUUUCACUAAUUAUAUGAGGUACUCCAUUGUUCAUUUAACAAAAACCACU